AUGACUCUUCUCACAACCACAACAAGGCGCCGUCAAAAUCCAGAUCUUAUUGCUGACAUGCUAUAUGAAAAGAAUCAAGCAAUCGAGGAUUUGGAUUUUGAUAGAGCUGAAUUAAUUUAUAACGAGAUUCAAAAAGAAGUUUCGAGAAGAGCCGAAGAUGAUUUUGCAAAAAUUAAGCUUAAAAUCUCCGAAUUGAUUAAACCUAUACAGAAAAAUUAUAUAAAUUCGAUUAAUCAGCUGAGAGAUGAAAGAAAACAAAAAGAUACAGAUAAUCAUGCCGAUUAUAUGAUGAAAACAGCAUCAGAAAACCAAUUCCAUAUGAAAGAUAUAACAAACAUAGAAGAAGAAAAAGAAAAUCAAAUUUCAUCAGUUGAGAUCGAUCUUACAGAAUAUAAUCAGCUGAUAUCUAAAGCAAAAACAGAAGCAAUAUCGGCUAAUUUUGAUAAUGCAAGGAAAUUAAAAGAACAGGCCGAAACAAAACGUAUUUCUGCAGAAAAUAACGUAAUUGAAGAACUUACAAAUCAAUAUAAUGAUCGUAUUGCCGAAGCAAACUCUAAACAUGAAACGUAUUUAAAGAAAUUACUGCAAAAUUACUAUGAAAGUCAGAGAAUUAUAAAUGAUGACUAUGAAAGUCGAAUAAAAUCACUACAAAAACAGAUGAAGAACGACCUCUCGAUAAUAUUUGAAAAAACAGAAGCCGAAACAAAAGCAUUGUCUGCCAGCAAAGAAGAUUCAAAGAAGAUGAUUGACUUUUUACAUGAAAAGCAUAAAACAAUCGAAAAUCAGAUUCUCAAUGAAGAAGGUAUUAGUAUUAAAGACAAUGAUACUACAAACGAUACUGUUUUUAUUACAGAACAUCGUCCAACGACUUCUCGUGUUCCAAAAACAGCUGUAACUGCUAGAAAUUUAUAUCUUUCUACACCAAGAAGGUCAUUGAAGGCCUCUACAUCAAAUAAUAUUCGUUCAAUGACAACCAGAGGUAAAUUAACAGUACCAAAGUCUGUUUUCUUUUGA